UGUCGCUGUCGCCUAAGCGCGGCCCCUCUCUCCGCCAAGCCGAUAGGCGGGUUCCGCUCCCCCUUUUGCAAAGCAAGCCUUUACAAACCCGGCAAGCAACAACAGCAAACACACGCAACCGCAACGAUACCCUGCGAAUCGAAACCCAACGCCAGUUACCUCUCCACCCCAUCCCCAUGAAGGAGCUUCGCCCUGGCUGAUUUCGGGAGAUGGGAAUACUAAGCAUAACUGACCAGCCUCCUCUGGUCCAGGCAGUCUUUAAGCGCGAUGCAGAAGAAGUCAGAGUGCUGCUGCACAAGAAGGAAGAUGUCAAUGCACUGGACCAAGAGAGACGUACCCCUCUGCAUGCUGCUGCUUUUUUAGGGGAUGUCCAGAUAAUGGAGCUCCUCAUAAAUUCAGGUGCUAGCGUUAAUGCUAAGGAUAACGUUUGGUUCACUCCUCUUCAUCGCGCUGCUGCCUCUCGGAAUGAAAAGGCGGUGGCUCUGCUGCUGAAGAAGUCCGCGGAGGUGAGCGCGCGGGACAAGUUCUGGCAGACGCCGCUGCACGUGGCCGCGGCCAACCGGGCCACCAAGUGUGCCGAGGCGGUGAUCCCUCUGCUGAGCAGCGUGAACGUGGCCGACCGCACGGGCAGGACCGCGCUGCACCACGCGGCUCACAGCGGCCACAUCGAGAUGGUGAAUUUGCUGCUGAACAAAGGGGCCAACCUGGGAGCGUGUGACAAGAAGGACCGGCAGCCCAUUCAUUGGGCAGCUUUCCUAGGGCAUCUGGAGGUGGUGAAGCUGCUGGUGUCUCGCAGCGCUGACGCCAUGUGCAAAGACAAGCGAGGCUACACCCCCCUGCACGCUGCAGCCUCCAACGGGCAGAUCGAGGUGGUCAAGUACCUGCUGAGACUGGGAGCCGAGAUGGAUGAGCCGAACGUCUUUGGGAACACGGCGCUGCACAUCGCCUGCUACACGGGGCAGGAGGCGGUGGCCAACGAGCUGGUGAACCACGGCGCCAACGUGAACCAGCCCAACGAGCGCGGCUGCUCCCCCCUGCACUUCGCUGCCGUCUCCACCAACGGGGCGCUGUGCCUGGAGCUGCUGGUCAACAACGGGGCUGACGUCGGCAUGCAGAGUAAAGAAGGGAAGAGCCCCUUGCACAUGGCAGCCAUUCACGGGCGAUUCACACGAUCCCAAAUCCUGAUCCAGAACGGCGGGGAGAUCGACUGUGUGGAUAAAUAUGGCAAUACCCCUCUUCAUAUUGCUGCUAAAUACGGCCAUGAACUGCUUAUCAGUACUCUGAUGACUAACGGUGCUGACACAGCAAGACGUGGGAUUCAGGGGAUGUUCCCGCUACACUUGGCUGUGCUCUACGGGUUUUCAGACUGUUGUCGCAAGCUACUCUCCUCAGGUCAGUUAUACAGCAUCGUCUCGUCUCUCAGUAACGAGCACGUGCUGUCUGCUGGAUUCGAUAUAAACACACCUGAUAACCUUGGAAGGACCUGCCUGCACGCUGCUGCGUUCGGAGGAAAUGUUGAAUGUCUUAACUUGCUGCUGAGCAGUGGCGCUGACUUGAAAAAGAAGGAUAAACUCGGACGGACCCCAUUGCACUACGCGGCUGCUAACGGCAGCUACCAGUGUACGGUGACCCUGGCAAACGCGGGCGCCGGUAUUAACGAGACUGACAGUAAAGGCUGCGCCCCCCUGCACUACACUGCUGCUUGUGACAUGUACCGGAGGGUCGACAGACAUUACUCCAGUAGCCACGACAAUGACGAGGAGAUGGUGAAAGACUCGAGACAGAAGGAGAAUUUUUUCUGUCUGGAGUAUUUGCUGGAUAACGGUGCCGACCCCUCCCUUCGUGAUAAGCAGGGGUACAGCGCGGUUCACUAUGCAGCUGCCCACGGCAACAAACAAAACCUAGAACUGCUCUUGGAAAUGUCUUUCAACUGCCUGGAGGAUGUGGAGAGCAUCGUUCCAGUUAGCCCUUUGCACUUAGCUGCCUAUAACGGUCACUGUGAAGCCCUGCGCGUGCUGUCGGAGACGCUGGUGAAUCUGGACGUGCGUGACGCGGCGGGCCGCACGGCGCUGUACCUCGCUGCCGAGAGGGGCCACACGGACUGCGUGGAGGUGCUGGCCUGCCACGGGGCCUCCUGUGUCCUCAAGGAGAGACGCCACAAGUGGACUCCACUUCACGUGGCAGCUUCUAGCGGCUACACGGACUGCCUGCACGUGCUGAUUGACAGCGGGGAGAAGGCUGACAGUGUUGACAUCAUGGACUCGCAGGGACAGACCCCGCUCAUGCUGGCUGUGCUGGGCAGCCACCCGGAGUGCGUUCACCUGCUGCUGGAGAGGGGAGCCACGGCCGACACGGGAGACAAGAGGGGCAGGACUGCCCUGCACCGGGGGGCUGUGAUGGGCUGUGAGGACUGUGUCUGUGCUCUCCUGGACCACGAUGCCUUCGCUCUGUGCCGGGACUUUAAGGGCCGCACUCCGCUGCACUUGGCGGCUGCCUGCGGCCACGUCAACCUGCUGGGGACCCUGCUGCAGGCUGCCUUCAACACCGACCCACUGGACUCCCUGCUGGACUACAGCGGCUACACCCCCGCGCACUGGGCAGCCUGCCACGGGCACGAAGACUGUUUGGAAGUUUUACUUGAACACAAACCAUUUAGUAUCGAAGAGGGAAACCCGUUCACCCCAUUGCACUGUGCUGUAAUAAAUGGUCAUGUUGGUGCUGCAGAUAUGCUGGUGGAGUCGAUUGGCACAGAGAUUGUAAAUAUCAGAGAUGCCAAAGGAAGGACCCCUCUUCACGCCGCUGCGUUCUCGGAGAACCUGCCGAGCCUGCAGCUGCUGCUGAGUCACGGCGCCGAGGUGAACGCUGUCGAUCAGGCGGGCCGCUCCGCCAUCAUGGUGGCAGCCGACUGCGGGCAAACCGCCAUCGUGGAUAUUUUGUUGAGCCACGCGAAGGCUGAUUUGACCCUGCUGGACGAGAACAAGAACACAGCUCUGCAUCUGGCCUGCAGCAAGGGACACGAGAUGUGUGCCUUGCUGAUCCUGCGCGAGACUCAUGAAGCUGCCCUCAUCAAUGCAACCAACACUGCACUGCAAAUGCCCCUGCAUAUCGCAGCUCGCAACGGGCUGGCUACAGUGGUGCAGGUGCUGCUAAGCCAAGGGGCCACUGUGCUGGCUGUCGACGAAGAGGGUCACACCCCAGCCCUGGCCUGCGCUCCCAAUAAGGAUGUUGCUGACUGCCUUGCCCUCAUCCUCUCCACCAUGAAGCCUUUUCCUCCCAAAGACGCGAUGGGGUCCCCCUUCGGGCUCAACCUGCUGAAGAACUGCGGCAUCGCGGCCGCCUGCAGCCCCCUGCAGCCCAACGGCAGCCUGCGGCAGCGCAGCUAUGGCAAGGAGCGCCGGCACGGAGCCAUCGGGCUGGACGGCUGCUUCACAGACUGACCCACCUGCCCGGUGAAAACAAAAAAUCAUUACAGCAAGGAUACAGUCCAACCUGCUUCUUUAAAAAGCAGCGAGCGCCUCGCUUCAAAACAAAACUUUAAUUUAAAACAAGUUUCAAUAGAACAUGUGCUCUACGCUAGACCGCGUGACAGUUUAUUUAUGUAUUUAUUUCUGUUUUUUGUCUCUUCAUGAACCGCGGUCUUUUGAAAGCAGGUUCGACUGUAGACUUUAAAAGGGGAUGUGCACCAAACCCAAAAUCGACUCCUUCAGCACUGCUUCAGAGAAGCAGAACACUCGAACAUAUGAAUGAGAUCUUUCGAGAUCGCACAAGCCGUGUUGAAAGGGUCACAGGAGGGAGGUUGGCAAUGUGUCUUAAAAUGAAAUGUUAUUUAAAGAGCCCCUGUAUUAGGAGGUUAGAGUCCCACGUAUUGAGGUUUUUGAGUUUAUUGCACAUCCCAUGCUGUAGGGCUGUCGUAUUCAUAAUAGCAGCAUUAUUAUUAUUAUUAUUAUUAUUAUUCUUGUUGUUGUGAGCACACUGCCGGUAAUUGUGUUUUAAAGGAUCCACUGCACUUUAUCAGUAUUGCAAAUUAUAUAAAAUGCUUUUAUCAGUACAGCCGGCAGAUCAUUUUAAAUAGAUACAAGGUUUUAAAAGAGAACAAUGCUGAUUUUUUUUUUUAAAAGAAAGUAAACAAACAAACCAAGGCCCAAGAUUUUAUUGAAAACAAAGACAUUUCAUUCCCCCCCGCCCCCCUUUAACUAUAUUAAAGAAUACUGUUUUAUAGGGAGAAAGGUGUUUGUCAUGAGUUUGUAGUAAAAACUCAGUUUAUCAAAACAAAGUACUGUUUGCGACCAAAGGUUAUUUUAUUUAGAAUUACUACUAUAUAUAAAAAAAAAAAAAAAUUCAGUCCAGAAGCCUUUUAAAAUACCAGCCAUCUGCAGUUUUUUUUGCUCUGAUUAAAACGCUAUAUAAAUGCAUUAUAUCAAGUAAAAUAGGAAUGAUAUACUGUUCAGCACUAACCAUUUCAAUGUAAGCUUUUUGAAGGAUGUUGAGAGGCAGGGUCACUGUUUUUGUGAGCGAGAUUUUGAAGGAAUAAUUUCUUUUUAUUUUUUGGUGUUUUUUUUCGUUCCCGGAGGCGUUCUCUGGUUGAGUCGUUUUUCAGAAUUUAAAUUGUUCAUCUAAAACUAUACAGAUGGAAGGAGUGGCUGUAGUCCUUUCAUAGUCUUUCCAUUCAAACCAAUGCAAGUGUCAGUUUGAAUUCCUCCUGUACGUGUUCAAGCCAUAUUUAACCCAGCGUUUGAUUUCCAAACUCCACGUGUUUUUAUAAGUGAAUCCGCUAGCUUUGUAAAGGAGUCUCCCAAGUACUGUUUGUGAUGACAGGUUUCUAUUGCCUUAGCACUGACACCUCUUGCAAACAGCUGCACAAUUCUGAACCAAAACGAAAACCUUUUAAAACGUUUGUCCUUAAAAACGUUUGCUUCUCGAUUCUCGUACAAAAGCUGGUAUUGAUAACGGCUUUUUCUAUAAUGUAGUUUUUUUUUUUUUAAAGAAUGUCUCAGUGCUUCCUGACUAGACAAUCUAUGUGGAUGUUUAUUUGCACUCAUCCUCAUUAUUAUAAUAAUAAUAAUAAUAAUAAUAAUAAUAUCUGCAAAAACCUAACGAGUUGGCAAACCAAACUUGAAUCAUUUCAGUGCAUUGUUUUCUGUAUAAAUAGAGUGAUGCACAUUUCAGAACCACACACCCUUUACAGUACAGUCGUGUUCCAGUAUUUGAUUCUUGCUGAUUUUAUUUAUUUUUUGCUCCUGUUUUAACAGGCAAGCAGUAAUGUCCAUAAGGCAUCACCUUCCUGAUCAAAUCUCUUAAUGUGAGAUAACAAAGUGUCGGACAGCCGCAGGGCUGGGAGUGUAGCCGUGUUAGCCGCCUGCCUGACCCAGCUUCACUUCUAUUGUGUCAGACCACAAAAACCACUUCCUUAACACUGGCUGAACAAGCGAAUGCACUUAGAGUCUCAGUAACGGACACUGUGAGUUAAAGACUUGAGCGGGGGGGUCGCUUUGAUUUGAAAGACGCCCCGUCAAUAAUCCUUGAAGUACUGUAAUGUAUAAUAGUGUAGCAGCCUCUGUAGCCAUCGCAGGUGUACGUGUCGUACGACUAGCCUUAACUCCAAAGCCAUGAGCAUGGGGAGCCACAGUGCAAUGAAAGUGUAUCGCAGAGGGAGGGAGGGAGGGAGGGGGCUCUUCCAAAAAGCACAAGUAUUUCACAGAGGGGGGACACUCUGCUAACUACUGGAAUUCAAAUUGAAGUAAAGUUAGUAUUUGCUACACUGAAGUAACCCUUGCAACGCAAUCCGAUUUCAAACGUUUUGUAUAGCUGCCUCCCAGGAACAUGGAAACCUCAGUUUUACCAGCUGCACAUUUUGAACCCUGGGUGUUUUUGUUUUAAUCUUCCAAGGCUACCAGCGAUGCAGAGUCGCGAGCAGUUUGUUUAGAGAGAGAGAGGAUGUGUUAGGAGUGCUGGCAGCAUCAUAUCAUGCAGUGAAUCAGCAGGUUCACUCUGAACAGCCUUGUUUCACUCGUGUGGUUUCUUCACCAGACCUGAGCGCGUUCCGUAUGCCAACGCGCCGGCUUCUUGUUUUGAUAAAACGGUCACAUGUUCCGAAGCUUCAGAUGAACUUGGGGUGAGAUUUGAAUCGCGGGUCUUGCGUGCAGCUCCGUGGUUUUGUAGCAGUUUGUUUUGCUGGUGUGAAUGCUUUGCACACCCGACCCAGCGUGUGUGUGUUACCGGCAGCUCCUCCCGCAGCUUCUCUUUAUAUCCGUGUACGAUUUGAAGUGAUUGAGAAUUGCAUGACGGCAGCCGCGCAAAAUCUGUACUGUUUUAUUUAUUAUUAUUAUUAAAAAAAAUGAAAAAAUGAAAAAAAAAGCUAAAAAACAGAACAAAAAAAAAAAACAGAUCCUGACCAACUUGUUGGGCAAAACAGCAAUACAUCCUGUAACAAACCUGUCGGCCGAAAUCGCUUGGACUUUAGUUUCAUGUUACAGAUUUCGUUCAGUAUUAUUUAUUUAAAAGUGCAAGAAGAAAUCUAAACUGAAUGUUUACAAUGUUGACUCAGGAUAUUCAUAUUCAUAUUUAUAUAUAUAAACUCGGCUUGCCUUCCUCUUGCCUGUGUCCCUGAGUAACCUUGUUGUUCUGCUCCUGUGUUUCAUGAGGCAGGCAGCCCUCUCCUCCAAACAGCUUGAUCUGUAUUGAAUAUUGUACAGUGCAAGCACCUGUUGGUUUUGAUCUCUCUCAGCACCCUGUACUGUAUGUAUCGGGAGUCAUUUCAGACGGCUUCAUCGCAUCCACGUCGCACAUUUCAAAAACCCGCAGAAUUACCCCCUGUGCCAAUAAGAGUUGUAAAAUAACAUUAUAAAAUUAAU